AUGGGCUCCUCGUCCGUUCCUGGUAGUAUGCUUCGCAGCGGCCCCUGCGCAGGUCUCCGAGCCCUCGCGCUCGCGCGCAGACAUCGAGCCGCUGGCAGGUGGCUGCGGCCUGGCGGCGGCUGGGAGUGGCCGGCAGUUGCGGCAGUGGUUCCAACCAAGGGUGGCGAUGUCUUUCCGGCCGAUGUGCGGAUGCGGCGCGUGGCAAGUGGAGCGCUCCAGCGAGAGCCGCGCGGUUGUUCCUGCCCAGCCACGGCUUCAUUUUCUCGGCUCGAAGAUCUCUCUCACAGUGGAGCAGGCAGUGCGGGCCUGCGCAAAGACAGAGGCGACGCUUGGAGAAGAUAUGCUCGUAUGCUUCGCAGCAGCUCCCGCGAAGGUCAGCACUCCAGCGCUCUGCUGGCAAGUGCAGCCACCGCCGGCGCCCGGCGUGAAGCAAAUGCUGGGGUCUGGCCGUCCCGUGUUGCGGCGCAGAUGGCCCGUUCCACAGAACGCGGCAUGGCGCUCGUUGGGAGGACUCAGAUUGGCAGCAACGCUGGGCAGCUCCGGAGCUCGAACACGCGGUGGUCUCCUUAUCCUGGCGGCCGGAGGACCGAGGCCUCCAGGUGCGGAAGGUACCGGCGACAGCGCGGGUGGCGACAGCGGCGCUUAUUUGCGUAUGCUGAAGGACCAUGCGUGCCUGGUGGCCAUGCUGGACGACCAUGGAGAUGCUCUCCGGAAAGUUGCUCGGCCUCGAGCCAAGGAGACGCGCUGCCAAGACUAAGACGCCUUCAGAGGAGGGUCCCAGACCCGCGCAGCUUGCCGGAGCUGAAGUCCGGCGCUGCGAACUUCCGCACCGCCGAGCCAGCGGAGCCCUCCAGGUCAUCGAGACUCCGGGAAGUGGUGAGCGAGCGCUCGCUCGCGAACUUCCUCACCCGCCAGGACGAUCGAAAGGCCAUCGAGACUCCCGGAAGUGGCAAGCCUCCCCGACCAGUCAUCGAGACCUGGAAGCCUCUCCGAGUACUCUGUGAUCCCAGAGCCUUCCAUCGACGACGUCACUUGUGCGAUCGACUCCUGCCGGGUGCAGCUGAGCUCCUUCUUGGAGACUACGCGCUUAUCGUACAACAACAUAGUCUUCACCGGCCGCCUCAGUUUGGAGCAGAGGAAGGCAGGUGGAAAGUGGAGAGCGGAGGAACAUGCUCGCCAGCUCGCACAGAGAGGCGCCAGAGGCGGAACAUCCUGUUCCAGCUGAACCUUAAGCUGCCGUUGAUGCCAUUCAAGCACAGCUCAGCCCAGAGAAGAGACGCGCCCUUGCCUGUGGCAUUGCCGGUGGCAUGUCGGAAGCCCAUGGUCCCCAUGGAAAGGCGAAGUUUCCUUUGCCUGCAGAACCUCGCGAUGCCGCCUUCUACCUUUGUGCCAAAGCUGAACUUCGGCGAGAGCAGACUUCAGGCAAAGCGUCCCUGGCUUACCUGCGCUUCGAGACAGGCCAUCGAGACCGUGAGCGCGCUGGCGCUGGGCGGAGCUGACGAGCAGCUCUUUGCCGGCGCGGCGCCUCUGGCCCUUCGCGUGGGAUUCCGCGCCCUCGACGCCUUCGGAAGAAAGACGGAAGAGGAGGCGGAAGAGGGGAAAGCCGUGCGUGAGCGGGACAUGCUCCUGUUCACGGGCUCCCAGCUGCAAGAGGUGCGGGAUCUCUACCCCUUCCUCCAGGAGACGGACACGGAGCCUGCGGAAGGGCGCCCACCUGAGGCCGCCUUCCAGCAGCUCACCUCCAGCAGGACGGUCCUCGCCGCCGGCAAGCGCCGCUUCCCGCUGCCGAAGCGCCGGGGUCCCCCGCCGCGGGGUCCCGCGCCGCGGCCGGCGGCGCGGCCGCCGCGACUUCGCGGGCCGAGGCAACGCGGGCGGCCGGGAGGAUGCAAGGUGCUGAUUGUGGGCGGCCUGGGCUUUAGAAAAAGGAAGGACGAGACGGUGCUGAAGACGGUGACGAUGUCGGGUUUGGAAAACACGGUGAUUCAGCCGCUGUGCGCCGGGGAACGCCUCGGCUUCCCAAACAGGUUCGCCUCCAUGAUGCUGAUGGGUGGCCGAUAUUUGGAUCAGAUGGACUUCGACGAUUUGGUGCUGCUGUCGCUCUCCUUCGGUGGUGAAAGUGUCAUGAAGGUCGCGGAGCACAUGGAGAGGUCCUCCCGCCCCGCGCGCGGCGUGGUGCUUUGGGACUGGAUGUCGCCGGCGCCCACCAUCCACGCGGGCUACAACCGCUUCGAUGAGCAGAUUCUGCGGGCCGCGCAGGAGGAUCCUAGACGAACGGACUUCUUGCACCUGUGGAACAUGGCAGAGAGCUGCAGCCUGCGCCUGAAGUCUGCCUUCUUCCUCCACGCGGUGCAGGUGGAAAACGAGGAGCAGGUGGACUUCAUCGAGGAGGAGUGUGCCCAGCGCUCCGCGCUGGCGAUAAGGUUCCAAGACCUCCGCAGCGCGCAUCUGGACGAGGAGACCACACGUCCCACCUACCAAGGGGCUGGGAUAUCGCCCGCGCCAUUCUGA